GCUGUAGCUUCCAGGCUCGAGAGGCUGGGUCUUUCCAAAGGAUAACAGGUGCAGUGCAACUGCAGAUACCUGCUCAGCUGGACAAGCCUUUAACAUGGAUAGAAGGCUCCUAAAGAAGGAAAUAAAAAAGCUCCUGAGAGAUUAUAUUGGCAUCAGACUCCGGGAGAAUGAAUUUGAUCCAAAAGGAAGAAGACAACUCACUUUUCUAGAUGAUAUGGUAAAGAAAGUUCUUGCUGCCGCACACUAUGACCUGGCCAUCAGUGCUGCUUUGCAAUGGGUGGAUCACUCAGAAGAUUUAACUUGGCUGGAAUGGGAGGAAGUGAAAAUGCCAUUUCGGGGUAGACCCAUAUAUCCAAACCACAGAGAACGAGAAGCAAUGAUUUUAUCAUCUUUUGCUGGAAUCUUAAUGAACAGUAUCCCAAUUGAGGAAGUCUUUAAAAUUUAUGGGGCUGAUGCUUCUGCCAGUUCUGGAACUGCCAAGACAUAUUGCAAGCAGUGGGGUCAUAUGAAGCCAGGAGUCCACCAGGACCAGCUUAAGAGUCAAGCAUUGACUCAGAAGUGUUGUAACUGAAUCCAGCGGUCCAUUCACUUAAUUCCUGUGUAACCUGGCCUGAUCCUGAGACGCAAGUUUCCUUGACUACAGAGGAAACCAGCCCCUCCUCUCUGAUCACUCUGGUUUCAACUCUAACCAUUCAUUCAUUCAUUCAUUCAUUCAUUUGAUAUAGUGGAGGGUACAGGGGAUUAAGGGUGAGAAAGUCAAAUAAGAUGGCUUAUAUCUUAUACUGCACCUGACCUUGGUUGAGGUAUAAGCCACCCCAAGUCCUGUGUUCCUCAGAGACCAAGCUGUUCUUGACUUCUAAAGAAAGUCCAGCUCUUUUGUGUUCUUAGAGAGCCAAGCAAACCAUGCUGCUUCAUUCCUGUUUGUUUUUUCUUUCUCCCUUCCAGGCUUCCAUCCUCUCACCUUUCCUCAAACCACUUUCACCCCAAAAGAGACACAUAAAUAUCUGAGCCCAGGCCCCUCUGUUUCAGACAUCACGUGUUCUCACCCUCCUCUUCCGGGCCUGGGGGAGGUCUAGGGCAGGCACCAGGCACUCUGGUUGGUUGGUUUCAAUGCAAGUGGACAGAGAGCAAAUAUGGAAAAAUCCCAUCCAGAAAAGAAUGAAGCUGUGAAGCCCUCCAGUCUCACCUGGGUUAUCCAUCCAGAAGGCUUGCAAACAUGGUGUCCAAGUACCUCAGAGGAACCAGGUUCAUUAAAAAGGCCAAAACAGGAGUUCCCGUCAUGGCACAGUAGUUAACGAAUCCAACUAGGAACCAUGAGGUUUCAGGUUCCAUCCCUGGCCUCAAUGAGUGGGUUAAGGAUCCAGCGUUGCCGUGAGCUGUGGUGUAGGUCUCAGACACAGCUCGGAUCCCACGUUGCUGUGGCUGUGGCGUAGGCCGGCGGCUACAGCUCUGAUUCGACCCCUAGCCUGGGAACCUCCAUAUGCCGUGGGAGCGGCCCAAGAAAUGGCGAAAAGACAAAAAAAAAAAAAAAAAAGGCCAAAACAGCCAUGCUGUUUAGAGUGGGCUGGCAAAUCUCUAUCCAUCCAUCAUCCAUUCAGCCUUUUACUCAUUCAUUAAAGAGCCUUUGUUCACCACCAUCUCUGUUUUGUCUCCAUCUCUGUCCUCACAAUCAGUGACCAAUAGCAAAAAAGCCCAGAUGUACACAUGGACUACAUAGUGACAAGCUCAGAAGGCAAAUAAAUCAUCUCCUCAGAAAGGGCAUAUUGUCAAACUCAAGCUCACGGGCCCGACCUGUGGUGAGGCCAAGCAACUGAAACAGAGUUUAGAGCAGAGAAAAGUUUAUUGCAGAACCAAGCAAGCUCCAAAGAUCUGAACUCCCCAAUGGGUUUCAGGAAAAAAGGUUUUAUGGGCAAAAUUUGGAGGGGAGGGCCACAGGGCAUGUAGCCCUUCUUUGACUGCUUGGUGGGAAGGUACCUGGAUGGUUUUCCAGAAAUGUCAAUCAUCAGCCUUCUGGUUCCAACCAGCCUGGGCUCCCCAGACUUGUACUCAGCCUGAAAUUACCAUCCUCCUUCUGGAUUCCUGCAGAACUCAGAGAUCUGGAUCAAAUUGUAGUGCUCAUCCCUGGAGGAACCAGGCCCAGAGCCCAGGCUGCACUGCUUUUUCUUCCUGCCCUCCCGCAUUCCUUUAAUAAGUAACAGUUUGCAUCUGCCCUUUGGAACUUGGGGAAGGUCUAGGAAGUGAAACCUUUUUCCCACAAACAAGAAACAGGGGACACAGAAAGGCCUUUAUACCUGGGAAGGCCCCGCAGGGUCAUGCUUGCUUUCCAUUCCCCUUUCCUUUGACAGUCCUCAGUCUUGAGGGGAACAGGUAUUGGCCAAGAAAAGGAAUAACCUUUUGAAUAGAGAUGUUAGUCAUAAACUCAGCUGAGGAACUUAGUGUUAGGGGGACUCAGUUUCAAGGGUUUCCUUCAUAAAUCUGUGUUUGUUUAUCAUUAUAGUAUAUGAGUGUCCUGUACAUGAAAGAUAGUUUGUGGGUGAGGCAUGAGGAUUUUAGAGUCAGGUUGCCUGAAUUUGAACCGCAGCUCCACCAGCUAUAAGAAUAAUCCUGUGCUUCUGGAGUUCCCGUUGUGGCUCAGUGGCUAACGAAUCUGA